CAGUCGGUAAGUAGCUAACCAUCAGGGAUUCGGAACAGUUCUUUGCCGCCGUUUUGCCACGUCAUCUACCCGACAAUUUAUAUAUUUCCAAAGAAAUUUUUUUCAAUCCUUCUCAAACAAAUUCAUCUGAAACCCUAGCUUUAAAUUUCCCCUUCUAUCUCUCUAUAUAUUUUUGUACGUAGAUUUAUAUACAACUACGGAACAUUAUAUACGUACAUAUUUUCAUCUAAGAGAGUAUAGAGGGAAAUGGAUGUUUCAGAUGAACUGUUGGGGACGUUUAUGCCGAUAGUGGUGUAUUGGCUCUAUUCAGGGCUAUACUCAAUCCUGGGAGGUCUGCAUAAUUACAGGCUGCAUUCCAAGAAGGAAGAAGAUGAGAAGAACUUGGUUUCCAAGGCGGAUGUUGUGAAAGGUGUUGUUCUCCAGCAGGCGGUGCAGGCAAUUGUUGCCACCAUCCUCUUCGCGGUCACUGGAAAUGAUGGUGAGGUUGCUAUAAACCAGAAAUCAUUUCUUGUUCUUGCAAGGCAAUUUAUUAUUGCAAUGGUGGUAUUAGAUACUUGGCAGUAUUUUAUGCACAGGUACAUGCAUCAAAACAAGUUUUUGUACCGGCACAUUCAUUCUCAACAUCACCGGAUUGUUGUCCCGUAUGCUUUUGGAGCUUUAUACAAUCAUCCUCUUGAGGGUCUGAUUCUUGAUACUAUUGGUGGUGCUCUGUCUUUCCUUGCUUCGGGCAUGUCUCCUCGAGCUUCAAUCUUCUUUUUCUCCUUUGCUACUAUAAAGACAGUUGAUGAUCAUUGUGGUCUAUGGCUUCCGGGGAACCUUUUCCAUAUCUUCUUUAAGAAUAAUUCUGCAUACCAUGACAUCCAUCACCAGCUUUAUGGAAACAAAUACAACUUUUCACAACCUUUCUUUGUGACAUGGGAUAGAAUACUUGGUACUUAUAUGCCUUACGAACUACAACUAAGAGCAGAUGGGGGUUUGGAAGCUAGGCCUACUAAAGAUUGCAAGGACUAUUGACAAUACAUACUUGGUUGUUCUUACAGAGCAAUGCACGUUUGAUCGUAUAGAUAGCAUCUCUGGUUAUUGCCGGUGGAUCCACCUGGUGUAGGGCCCCUGCGAUUUACAGAAUGCAACGCGUUGUACCAUUAUAGAUUCAGCAGCCUAAAUCCAAAUCCUGAUAACAAUUGAUGAAUUGGGAUUUGGGAAUACCACCAAACCAGCAUGUCAACGUAAAAGACUAUUCUAUUCUAUUCUUAGCUUACCGAGUGUCUGUUAUCAGUGGCGGGGUUCAUUAUUGAUGGAAGUUUAUAGGCGGAAAUGAAGAGAUCGAUCUGUGAGCCAGCACUCUGCUCUUUUUCUUCUGUUUGAGGGAUGGGAACACAGUGUACAGAAAGAAAGGUUUGUUCUUGGGGGAUUGGAACAGUAUAUUGUAUACAGAAGGGUCCUUUUUCUCUCUUUUGUUAUCUCAGAAAAUGAAAAUUGGAAGAAGAUAUGAUUUAUUAUGAGUAUAUUCUAUUAUUGAAAGCUAUGUUGCUUGCACAAA